AUGAAAACCAAACAACCAUACACAAUUACUCUAUUCCCACAACAAGCACACGCUUCCGAUAAAGAUGCAUCAAAAACGCCGGCCAAAUCGCUGAGGCCAUACUUAGCGGAUCAUCAAUACAAGUUAUCCUUAGCCAGACGAGCCUUCAUAAAACCUGCCUUGAACCUACUGGAUAAAUCGACAGCCGAUCUAGUCCCGAUAGAUGAGUGGCUUUUCGGCGCCUCUUUCAUGGAUAAGGUUAAAGAUGCGCAGGCCUGCGAAAAAGUGGCUCCUCGUCAGAGCUCCCGCAGCAACUUUCAAAAUCCCUUCUCAGUCGGUGGAAAAGGCCCAAUCGACACGGAAGCAAGCUUCGCGGGAAACGCGAAAGCCCCUGCCCGGAUAUUUGGCAAUGGUGCGAAGCUAGAAAUAUCUGACUGUUCGCCUCCUACAGUGCCUCUGCCGAAAACACUAUUGCGGCUGAAGAGUCUCGUUGUCAGGACGCAGAUAUGGAAUGGAUCCGUUAUCCAGCAGCCAGCUCGCUUUCCCUGGCGGCAGGGCGUCUGUGGACGUCUCAAGCAGGUUUUUCAAGGCGUCCCUCAGCGCGCCGUUGACACCAUUAUAGCAUCUCUCGCGCCAUCGACUAUCUGCCAAUAUUCAAGCCCUCUGCGCUCCUGGUGGAAAUACGCUCAUCGUCAUCACUGUUCACUGUUUACACCGGAAACCAAAGACGUUCUUCUUUUUCUGUCAGGCCUAUCGCAAACAGUACGUUCCUAUUCUACGCUUAACGUCGCCAGGUCUCGCUUAUUUCAACUAACGCGAUCAGCGACAAAUCUCUCAUCGGGCGGCUCUGUAAAGGCGUCAGCGUGGAGUCAUCUCGUCCAUGCUACGAUUACAUCUGGGAUCCCUCCCCGCUAGUGACGAAACUGGCCACUUUCUUUCCUCACGAAUCCUUAUCGUUAGAAACUCUCACGAAAAAGUUAAUUUUGUUUCUGGCUCUGGCACCAGGUCAGCGUUGCCAAAUCCUAGCGGCGAUUCGUGUCUCGCAAGUUUCGAUCUCGGCGGAGAGGGCUUUCAUUUGUAUUCCAGACUGUCUAAAAACCCCAGAUCGGUCCCAACCAUUGUUAUCAUUUCUCUGCUUCGAGGGACACAGAAAUCUAUGCGUUGUCACCUUGCUCUCUGAUUAUAUUUCGCGGACUCGAGAUAUUCGCCCUUCAAUCUGUAAUUCUCUUUUUAUCGCGUUCAAAUACCCACACAGCAGUGGCACAUCCCAGACUAUCAGUCGCUUAGAUUCACCUUAUCAGAUUGCGGAGUUAACAAUGUCUUUUCCGCACACGCGGCACGCCAUCUCUCGCGGCUCGGAAAGGUGACCCGGUAGAUCUUAUUAAGCGUGCGGCGGGAUGGUCUGGCAAAUCUCGUGUCUUCGCAAAUUUUUGUAAUAGACAGAUUAUAGAUAUAGAUUUGCUAAUGUUAUGGUUUUACGCGCAGACCAAGAAACAUCUUAACUUGGCGCGCCAUGCCGUUUCGGCAGUUUUCCAGAUUGUUUGGUGUUAACUUCAAUGGUUAUUGUUA